CGGAGAACAGGGUGGGUGGUACUGGGCUCAUGUGCCCUUUAAGAAGCGGUUGCACUGUGCCCAGGAGGAUAUUUUACUUAAGCUGGCAAGCGGGGUGAUGAGUUAAGAAUCCAGAUGCCUCGGUAUAUAGAAGGACGUAAAGUUUGAGAACAAAGGAUUGACCUCCUUUAAAAACAAAUCUCGAGAUAGAGUGGCUUGUUGCACGGAGAGGAACUUCACUGAGCCUUAUGUAAAACCGAAGGAACUCUCUUCAAAAAGCUGCAAACAUUGGAAAUGUACUGUGAUAGGUCUUGUUCUGGCUGUGAUCUGUUGUCUUGUCCCCAAGCAGCUUGGAGAGAGAGGAUGCGGGGAGGUUCUGCACUGGCAGUGACAUGGCUCCUGUUCCUUUCUGUUGUUGCUGGUGCCCCUGGGCAAUACGAGAAGCCUGCAUUUCCCCCCAUCCUCACCCGCAGGCCUUUCAUUGUGGCUUGGAAUGUGCCAACCCAGGACUGCUGGCCUCGCUUCAAAGUCCGACUGAAUUUCAGCAUUUUUGAUGUGCAGGCUUCGCCUAACGAGGGUUUUCGGGACCAGAACCUGACUAUCUUCUAUAAGGAGCGCCUAGGCCUCUAUCCCUACUAUGAUUGGCAGAAGAUGCCAGUUAAUGGGGGGGUCCCACAGAACAGCAGUUUGAUGCAGCACGUAGACCAGUUGAAGGAAAGCAUCGGCAAGUACAUCCGCUCUGAGUCAAAGGAAGGACUGGCUGUCAUUGACUGGGAAGAGUGGAGGCCCAUCUGGAUCCGGAACUGGCAGGCAAAAGACAUCUACCGCAAUGCCUCCCGUCAGCUAGUGCUGGCUCGACGGCCAGGACUGUCAGAGGAGCAAGUGAAGAAGGAGGCCCAAUAUGAGUUUGAGGCUUCAGCUCGUGAGUUCAUGAAGGAAACGCUACGGUAUGCCAAGAACCUUCGGCCCCAGCAGCUGUGGGGCUACUACCUCUUCCCAGAUUGUUACAACCAUGACUAUAACAAGAACCAGGACAGCUACACAGGUCAUUGUCCUGAUGUAGAGAAGACACGCAAUGACCGUCUGUCCUGGCUUUGGAAGGAGAGCAAUGCCCUUUAUCCUUCCAUCUAUCUGGAUCAGAUUCUAGCAAACACUACCAAUGCGCGCAAGUUCGUGAGGUCUCGGGUUGAAGAGGCCCUGCGUAUCUCCCAGCAGCACCACAAUAACUAUGCCCUGCCUGUCUUUGUCUAUACCAGACCCACCUACAACCGUAAAUCAAAUCAGACGGAUCUCUAUUGCCUAAGUGAGGUGGAUUUGGUCUCUACCAUUGGCGAAAGUGCUGCCCUGGGAGCAGCCGGUGCUAUUUUCUGGGGAGAUGCAGAACACACCAGAAGUCGGGAAAUUUGCCAAGUAAUUAAGAAUUACAUAGAGGAGGACCUCGGCCGUUACAUCAUCAAUGUGACAACGGCAGCUCAGCUCUGCAGCCAGACUUUGUGCAGCCGCCAUGGGCGCUGCCGGCGCCAAAACAGCAAUUCCAGUGUCUUCCUCCAUCUCAACCCAGCCAACUUCCAGAUUCAGGAGAAUAGGUCUGAGCAGCAGAAGCCUCUCCUUGUGGCCAAAGGGAAGCUCUCUCAGGAGGAUGUUGCCUUCCUAAGGACCCACUUCCAAUGCCACUGCUACCAGGGCUGGCAUGGGGAAGCAUGUGAGAUGCACCCUCCAGGGGGUGGCGGCAGCAGGCCCUGCCUGUGCAGUAGCCUGGGACUCCACUUGCUGAUGACUCUUGCUCUUCUGGCCUGCUUGCACUAGGCAACUAACUGGAUUCUGUGUGGCCGCAAAUUAGUUCCUGGUGCACAGAGUGGGAGCAGGGGUACAGUAGGCAGCAAGGAUAGCCAGAAGGGAAGAAAUAGGAGCCGCCAGCCUCUACUUCUUCUUUUUGUAUCUUAUUUAGCAGUGAUGUAGCAGAUCUACUAUUUAAGAGACUGCCCUACCUCUCCCAUGUGUGCCACUGGCCCUUUAAGAGGCCCAAGGAAAAAGGACCCUUCUCCCCACAGACAGUAUUUCAUUAACAGACGCAUGGACUACUGGAGGAGAGGAGAGUAUUAGGAGCUGGCAGAGGGGCUGGUGUGAAGCAUAGACUGGUCUGCCUUGUUCCUGUUGGAAGCUCUGAUGAGGUGCCUCCAACUCAAGAGCCGAUAUGGUGCCUUGGAUUAACUACCCAAAGGGAAGUGGAACUUGGAGGAUGGAUCAAGUUUUUGGAGGGAGGUGUUGGGUGUGGCAGAGGGACUGAGUGUCAGCAUCCAGCAUUGCUUUGGGGAUUCUCUGCUCUGGGGCUUGGCUGCCAGGACUGGAGAGGGAGUACUUCGCUCUUCUGUUGUAAGGAGGGAAGGGGUACAGUUCUAAAACUGGGGUCCUGGAGCAUUUUUAGGUCUAGGGAGAACUGGCGGUUUGAUGGAGCUGCUGUAGUGAGGAUGAAUUGCUGCUGUUACAUGUCCUUUUAGGAUAGUGGGUAGAGAAAGGGAGAAACUGUUCUGGAGAGCACAACAUUGAUGGGGGAACUUUUGAAGGUGGGGUGGAGUGAGCAGUUUUUAUUGCUCAAUUAGGGCAGCCAUGGGCCAGGGGAGAACGGGAAUGCUGUUCCCUGACCAUGUGUGACUGGUACCAAGUUGGAGCCCUGUAUCUGUUACAGAAAAACCAAAAUGUUUUACCUCAAAAUUAAAGACACUCAGAGGGAAUGGCUGGUGUGUUGUGUAUUGGAAGCUUACUAACUGCUCUGGAGUUUCUUCUUCUUCUUCUUGUUAUUAUUACCCUAUGCCAAUAAAUGGGCUAGGAGAUUCCA